ACUUCCAAUUACGGCGCACGCAACACACAACCAGCAGGCGGCGGCCGGCCAGAGAGAAAGGAGGGAGAAGGAAGUUUACUGCGAAAAAUGGCGACAGAGAACCCUCGAUUCGCCGUCUCUGACGUGUCUCAAAAUGAAAUAAACAGAGAAGAUACGACAGACGAGGGGGCGGACUCUAAAGUGAGGGAGAAAGGGCACGAGACGCCUGAAGUGGGGCCCACGAUGCAGUACCUGUCGCUGACGAACGAGGAGAGAAAUCAGUACACCACAUCCUCCAUUACCAGCAACCUGGCCCUCUACGAGGAGGAGCUACAGAAGAGACCGAAGAUCUCAUCCCUCCUGUCCAAUCUGGUGAAC